AUGUCUUCAAUACUAUCCAUCUUGGCAGCAAACCUUUUCUACCCCUCUAGGGAGCGAGAAGAGAUGAAAAAGAGGGAGAAAGCCUGGUUAACUCUCAACGAGACAGCCAAGCGGAAUCCCCUCUACCACUUGGUUGUAGCCGGUGAAGGUGGCAUCAAUCCCUCCUCCUCCUCGUCCACCAAUGGGGACAACGGACCCCUGCUCGAGGUUGCCCCCGCUCCGGCAGCCUCCUCUCUCCCCUCGACUGAUCAACAGUGCAAGACUCGAACGGCACCUCCUGGUAAAGCUUCUGCCUGCGUCGAGCCUACCUCCGCUGCUGUGGAUGAUCCAUUUUACAGUAACGGUGAUGCCACUGCUGAUGUCGAUGAUGAUGUUAACGCGUCCCUUCGUUCACUCCGACAGGAGAGCGAGGAAGAGGUAUUCAUCCACCUUAUUUGCCCGCAUCUAACAUAUAUACGAUGUGUGUACAGGGCGUCAGGUACAUGUCUGCGCGAACCUGGUCGUGUGUGACGCCAUUGACCUUUGCCAGCCAUUUCGAACAUCCCCGCCCCUUGUCUUCCAGACGGCAAAGCUGCGGCCACUUGGAUGAAUCGGCAAUCGCAGCUACGUUUCUGUUAUUUGUGAGAAUCAAAAUGAUCCUGUAGGCAUUAACGGCGGGAUUAAGCGAACGACCAGUGGCAGAGGUAGUUUAACAAAUAGCCACCACUCCUAAAUUAUAUUAGCCAGCGAAACUGUGUAUAUGGCCUUUGCUUCCCUUGUUCCUUCUGAAUCACGUUGAAAUUGUCACUUCAUUUAUUUCAGUCUAUCCUUUUGUUCGUUGGAAUAGCUGUCUCCUGUGGACUGCCAAAUGUUCAGACGGUAGCACCGGUUAAGGGAUGUUUGCGCCAAAACAGCGCCCUUUCGCUGUCUAUGCAGGUGCUAUCUCGGCGGAUCUGUUUGAGCGGUUUUGGCUGUCCGUGUAGGUACUAGCCUGGGCAGCAAUGUCGUCUCUCUAUUCCAAGCUAACGUUACCUUCUCAGAGACCGACUUAAACGUCACCUGGAGUUGUAGAGGGCUGGCAAAUAUAGUGUCUUCCGUCGGACAUAAUGAAUUCAUUACAGGCUCCUGUCUUUUCUGGUCCGUUGUGGUACUUUGUUGUAGAUAGACAGGCUUAGUUUUGUAAGGGGAAGGGGGGGGGUUGAAAAACAUUUGACCAUUUACCGUCAUGCGUUUUUCUUUAUACACUUUCUAACACGAUUUUUUACUCGUAUACUAUAUGUAAUUUCAUAUUCCUUACAUUAGGUGCGAAAGCUCGGUGGGGAAGGUCAAGACACUACCGCCCUGCCUUUCCUAGUUCGCAAGAAGGAGAAAGUGCCGAUGCGCCGAAAAUCCGAUCUUCCCCACGAUCAGCUGACAAUUCGUGCGCUAGAACAGCACCGGAGACCGGAUGAUUACCUCUCCACCCAAGUCGAUCAAUAG